AUGACAUCUAUCUACUUCGACAGUCCUGUGGGUGCUCACGUCGGAAGCCAGCUGCUUAACUCUGUGAUUGGACCCGAAGGAAUGCUCCACAACAAGAUCCGCAUACUGGUGACGAAUGGUCUGUCGUUCUUGGAAAAGGCGGAUCUGAUCAUGGUGAUGAAGGAUGGGCGGAUUGAGUUUGAGGGAAAGUAAGAAGAGCUAAUGCAAUAAGAUGCUUUCGAGCAAUUGCUGAUUGAGUCCAGAAGCGACGUGAAAGCCGCCCUUUCAGCUGACGACGACGAUGACACCUCGGAGCCAGGAGGCAUCAUGAUUGAAGGAGAUUCGGACUUUGAGUACGAUGAUGAAGUGAUGGCGUCGCCGAUCAUUGACCACGUGCUCGGAACCAGUCACAUGUCCACCGUCUCGGGAAUCAUCAACCGCCGCCGCAUCAGCACGUCCCACAGAAGCAGCGCCACCGUCUCUCCACCACCACAUCCACCGCCCCAUCGAUUGUGUCGGUUUACUCGACGUCUCGCCAAGUCACAGGAACCGAGCGUGUCGAGACUGGACGCGUUAAGAUGGAUACCUACCAGAAGUACUCUGGAGCCAUGGGAAUGUCUAUCGCGUGUUUGGAAUGA